CACACACACACUCUCUCACACAGACACACACACACACACCAACUCAUAAGCUUUUACAAAAACCAUCAAACACACCACAUCCCACACACACCUCAACACACACCUCAACACACACACACACAGUCAUGGCCAACGUGUGUCCGUACGGCCGCUUCACCCAUGCCAUCGUCAGGGGUAUCCCCGAGUCGUUUGGGCAGCGAGCGGACGGUGGCGAGAGUGUGUCGGUGGACGUGGCGAAGGCCCAGAGACAGUUUGGGGUCCUGACCGGGGCCCUGAGGCAGAAGGUGGGCCUGCAGCUCAUCGAGAUCCCCGCCGACCCCCAACUCCCCGAGAGCUGGAGGAUCGAGGACAUAGCCGUCAUUCAGGGAGACACGGCGCUCAUCACACGACCCUUCAAACAGCAGAGACGUGCAGAGGCAGACGCAGUGAGGCGUGUGAUGAACGAGCUGAAUCUGACGGUGGUGGAGAUGGGUGUGGAGGAGGGAGGGUCUGGAGGGGCCACUCUGGAGGGCAGUGAUGUUCUCUUCACUGGGAGGGAGUUCUUCGUGGGAAUUUCCAAACACACCAACCACAGAGGAGCUGAAGUUCUGGCUGAUACGUUCAGGGACUUUGCUGUGUCCACAGUACCUGUGUGCGGAGGCUGUCGUCUGAAGAACAUCUGCUCUAUGGGAGGUCCUGAGACCAUCGUCUUCAGUAACAGCGAGGGAGCGAAGAAAACCCAGCGGAUGAUGGAGCAGUUGACAGAUCAUCACUACGACGUGUUAUCUGUGUCUGAAGACGUGGCCUCCAACUGUGUGUACGUCCGCGGCCCGGCUAAAGUGGACUAUCUGCUCCACCCGACAGCCGACGAGUGUCCAAACAGCAUCACCGCCUUCCAGAAGCUCCCAGACUACACCCUUCUCCCCACAGCCUGCAGUGAGGCCUCCAAACUGGGAGGGGCGCUGUCCUCCUUCUGCCUGCUCAUCAACAGGAAGCCCAACUAUUCUUAAACCCUUUUUUAAAAAUCUUUAGAAAUGUCUAAAAGCAAUAAAUAAACAAUUACAUUACAAUACA